AUGUUUGGUGUGUUUAUUUAUUUUCCAGGAAGGAGUAAAAGAAAAAUGAAACCCACCUUCUCCUUGUGUUUUCUGCUGGCUGGUUUGUAUUCUGUUGCCCAGGGUCAUCAGCGUCCUCGCUACCACAAUAAACAGGACGAUUCUACAGGAGCACAUUACCCAGGUAGCAGUUCUCAUGGGGAAGGAGUUUUUCCAAAUAAAAACAAAACUUUUAUCAGUGUAGUUCACAGCAAUACUGAUUUUGCAUUUUCAUUUUACAAGCUGGUCGCAUCUGAAGAAACCAAUCAAAAUAUUUUCUUUUCACCCAUAAGCAUUUCUGCUUCCCUUGCAAUGCUGGCACUGGGUGCCAAGUCAGCGACGCUAACGCAGAUUCUGGAAGGGCUUGCCUUUAACCUGAAAAAGACUCAGGAUCAGGAAAUACAUGAAGGUUUUUGCCAGCUCCUCCACAUGCUGAACCGUUCGGAUAGCGAUCUCCAUCUAAGCCUGGGCAAUGCCCUUUUUAUAGAAGAGACACUGAAACCACUACAGAAAUUCCUGGAUGAUGCCAAAAGCUUUUAUCAGUCUGAAGUCCUUUUUGCCAACUUUAACAACUCCUCUGGUGCUGAGAACCAGAUCAACAGUUAUAUUGAAGAAAAGACAAAUAGGAAAAUUGUUAAACUAGUAGAAAAUCUUGAUCCUCUCACCACAAUGGUUCUUGUUAACUAUGUCUUCUUUAAAGCUCACUGGCAGAAACCAUUCAGUGAUUCAUACACAAGAAAAGAAGAUUUUUUUGUGGAUAAGAAAACAUCUGUAAAAGUUGACAUGAUGUAUCGGAAAGGUUACUACAGAAAUUACUUUGAUGAAGAGCUAUCCUGUUGGCUGGUUCAGAUUCCUUACAAUGGAAAUGCUGCAGCAUUAUUUGUUUUACCUGAUGAAGGGAAGAUGAAACAGGUGGAAGAUGCUCUUUUAAAAAGAACUGUGUCCAAAUGGGAAAAACUCCUCCAAGAUAGAAAAAUACACCUACAUAUUCCAAAACUUUCUAUUUCUGGUACCUACGAUGUGAAAAAGAUAGUCAGAGAAGUGGGUAUAAUUGAUCUAUUCACUGAACAAGCUGAUCUGUCAGGAAUUACUGAGGAUCCUGGACUGAUGGUUUCAAAAGUGAUCCACAGAGCUGUGCUAAAUGUUCAUGAGAAUGGCACUGAAGCAGCAGGAGUCACAGUGAAGGAGAUUACAUGGAGAUCUGGUGAUUUUUCUCGUCCUCCUCGAGUCAGAUUCAACAGGCCCUUUCUCCUGAUGAUUUUGGAUAAAUAUGCUCAUACCAUCCUCUUCAUUGGGAAAAUUGUAAAUCCUCUGAAAAAAAUAACUGAUUAUCCAGAGGACAGGCACUUCUGCGCAUAGCUACUUAAGAUCCUUUGAUCCGGUAAUAACUGUGUACACCAAUGUGUACUGGUGUCUUUCAACUGAUGUUAUUAUGUACAUUUCUAACCCCUGAAAAGCAAGAACUACUUUUUCUUGCCCAAACGACACAGGUAUUUCCCCUCUGGUCUACAGCUCUAUGUAGCUUGUAUUGUCAGCACUGUAUGAGUCACUUUUCAGCUGUUCUGUAAUAACCCCUUCCAGACAUUCUCCAGUAUAUGAGGUGAUCUGCAGUCUCUUUCAUGGAUCCAUCUUUACAUGGAUGAUGUAGCUUUUACUCUACACCCACAGUGUGUGCAGGGGAAACUGGGAGAAGAGAAAUGGGGAAAAGAGUUGGAAGGUGUAUGUCCUGUCUGUUUAAUCCACUGACCUUUGAUAAAUGAUGUAAAAUGCAGAGUGUCUUAAUUAUUGGAGUGACUUUUCAUUUUUUUUUCUUUGUUUUGAUUGUUUGUUUGUUUCGUUGGUUAGUUGGCUAGGUUGGCUUGGUUUUUAUUGGAAUGAAGUUACAUCACCACUGACUGCAAUACUGGAAUACACAAUAAUGUAAAGAGUUGACCAUUACGGUUGGUUUAGACUGUGGAAGUCCUAUUCAUGCAGUCAAUAAAGUUGCUCUUCAUUGCUGGGGUAUUGACAAUGUACUGAGAUAAAAUAAAUGGUGGGACAUUCCAUGUUAUAGCACCGGUUUCUUUUUUAUGGAUUUGCUGUCACUUUCAUAUCCCAUUUCUCUUACUGAUUCCAACUUCGUUAUCACACCUUCCAGAUAGAUAAGUCAGACUGUGGUACAGAAAUUUUUAUCUUCUCACAGGAAACAGCAAAGCUUUUCUAGGGGCUGUUAAUCUGUUUUG